AUGUUUAAAAAAAUUCUUAGCACUGUUAUAAAAGAGAAAACUUAAUCAUCAGCAACUGAAAGUUUAGAGCAAAGGUUGAAUGAAAUACCAAAUGUUUCAGGUAAAUAGGAAAUAUAAGUAAGCAAUAACAAACUUUUGAAAGAUGAAAAUUCUUUCUAAGCUAGAGAGUUUAAAUUAGAAGACAAUUAAUUUAGUUCAUAAGUUGAAAAUUUAGAAGUGCAUAAAGUGGAUGGAAUAAAUACUGUAUAUUAUUUGAAAGAUUUUAUAACAUUAAGAGAUGAAUAGUCAAUCAAUGAUGAAAUAUAUGAUUUGCCUACUAAUUCUUGGGUAGAUUUGACAUAUUCUAACAGGAGACUUCAAAAGUGGGGAGGAGACGUUACUUAAAAGGGAUUAGAAAAUUAGAAAAGCUUACCUACUUUUCUUGAAGCGCUAUCAGCAAAAUUAUAUCAAAGCAAGAUAUCACCAAAAAAACCAAAUCAUGUCUUAUUGAAUGAGUAUUAAAAGGGAGUUGGGAUUAUGCCUCAUACAGAUGGACCACUUUACUUCCCAUGGGUGAACUCAAUAAGCUUGGGAUCAGACUGUAUUUUUAAAUUUUACAAAGACAUGCAAAGCUACAGGGAUGGAGUAGAAUAAGCCAGAGUAUUGUUAGAAAAAAGAAGCUUAGUUAUAUUCACAGAUGAAGCAUACAAGGAGUAUUUGCAUACAAUAGAUGAUUUAACAUCAGAUAUUGUAUUAUUAUAAAUAGACUAAGAUGAAAGUUCAAAUGAUUUAAUUAAGGUAGUUAAAUCUAAUGUUUUGAAUUUCUCUUUAACUAAUCUAAAAAAGUAGAUAGAAUCUUUAACUCUAGAAUAGGCACUCAAAGAGGAUAUUCUUUUUAAAGUUAGAGAUAAUCCAGAUUUUAAUUAUUGCAUAGAAAUAAAAAGAGAUAAAAGAAUAUCGCUGACCAUAAGAUAUGUGCCAGAAUGUUAAAUUGCCCCAUAAAAUUGA